AUGCGAUUGAUUGACACGGAAACCGGCCAAUUCCAUGUCGUUUCAAACGAAUUCCAGGUGCCGUAUGCUAUCCUAAGCCAUACAUGGGAUCCGCAAGGCGAACAGACAUUCCAAGAUAAGAUUCGUCGAUCUUGCGCUGUCGCGCGUGAGGCUGGUUACAAGUGGUUGUGGAUCGACUCGUGCUGCAUCGACAAGACGAGCAGCUCCGAGCUCUCGGAGGCGAUCAAAUCCAUGUACGUCUGGUACAAGCACUCCGCCGUCUGCUUCGCGUUUCUCCCCGACGUCAGCGGAGAGGACGAACUCGCCGCGGAGAAAUCCGAAUUCCGUCGCAGUAGAUGGUUCACGCGCGGAUGGACCCUGCAAGAACUCAUCGCCCCGGGAUCAACCCCGGGGUCUUUUGCUGCACCGGACCAGCACAGUCAAAGAUCGAAUUCGACCCAAGAAACAUAG